AUGGGGGUCUGGGGGUGGGUGCUGGCGCUGCUGGCGCUGGGGGCCGGGGUCCCGGGGGGGUCCGGGGAGGGCCUGGAUUUCCCCAGCUACGACGGGAAGGACCGGGUGGUGCCCGUCACCCCCAAAAACUACAAGGCGCUGCUGAAGCGGUUCCCGGUGCUGGCCCUGCUCCACCACCGACCCCCCCAGGGCGACCGGGGGGCCCUGCGGCACCACGAGAUGGAGGAGCUGGUCCUGGAGGUGCUGGAGGACCCGGUGGAGUUCAUUGAGGGCGACCAUGAGCUCCGGGCCUUCGAGAACAUCGAGGAUGACCCCAAACUCAUCGGAUACUUCAAGAACGAGGAGUCCGAGCACUUCAAGGCCUUCGAGGAGGCUGCAGAGGAGUUUCACCCCUACAUCCCCUUCUUCGCCACCUUCGACAGCAAGGUGGCCAAGAAGCUCACCCUGAAGCUGAACGAGAUUGACUUCUAUGAGCCCUUCAUGGAGGAGCCGAUGACCAUCCCCGACCGGCCCAACAGCAAGGAGGAGAUCGUGGCCUUCGUGGAGGAGCACAAGAG